AUGGAGACUGUGUUCAAGGGGAGAGCAAGAGCAAGAGUCUCUCUGAUCCAUUUCUUUGUCCGCCGUUUUGCGGUGGCCGCAGCUGCCAUUUUUCUGCUGACAGAUGGGAGGCAUGCCCAUGUAGAUCCCGCACCUGUGGAGAUACUCGGCGGCGCUGAUGUCGAUACGCUUGCACGGAGACCAAACGUCAACGGUGCAAGCAGCAGCGAGGUGAUCGAUGAGCAGUGGCGGAUGGUCAAGACCAGGGGAAACCAGUUCGUCGUCGGCGAUCGGCCGUUCUACGUGAACGGCUUCAACGCGUACUGGCUGAUGAUCCUCGCCGUCGACCCGUCCACCAGGGGGAAGGUCACCGAGGUGCUCCAGCAGGCGGCGGCGGUCGGCCUCACGGUGUGCCGCUCGUGGGGCUUCAACGACGGUGCCUGGAGGGCGCUUCAGAAGUCGCCAUCUGUCUAUGACGAGGAUGUCUUCAAGGUGUUGGAUUUCGUGGUGAGCGAGGCAAGGAAGCACAGGAUCAGGCUUAUACUGUCACUGGUCAACAACUGGGACGGCUACGGCGGCAAGGCGCAGUACGUGAAAUGGGCCAGGGACGACGGCGGCCUCAACAUCACCUCCGACGAUGACUUCUUCUCCGACCAAACCGUGAAGGGCUACUUUAAGAACCACGUCAAGAACAUGCUGACGAGGCUGAACACGUACACGAGCGUGAUGUACAAGGACGACCCGACCAUCUUGGCGUGGGAGCUCAUCAAUGAGCCGCGCUGCACGUCGGAUCCAACCGGGAACAAGCUGCAGGAGUGGAUCCAAGAGAUGGCGUUCCACGUGAAGUCCAUCGACCCGGAUCACCUGCUAGAAGUCGGCGCGGAGGGCUUCUACGGCCCCUCGUCGCCGGCGCGGCUUCCGGCCAACCCAAACACCUAUGCCGGCCAGGUCGGCACCGACUUCAUCCGCAACCACCGCGUCCUGGGCGUCGACUUCGCCUCCGUUCAUAUCUACCCAGACACCUGGAUGCCGGGCGCGACUCUGGAGGCACAGCUCAAGUUUGUGGCUUCGUGGAUGCAGGCGCACAUCGCCGACGCCGAGGGCACGCUAGGCAUGCCAGUGGUGUUCACGGAGUUCGGGGCGUCCACCAAGGCCCGGACGAGCGUCUUCAACGCGACCACGAGAGACCAGCUCAUCCAGGCGGUGUACGGGCAGCUCCUGGAUUCGACGCGGCGUGGCGGUGCCGGAGCGGGGGCCCUGCUUUGGCAGGUGUUCCCGGAGGGGACCGACUACAUGGACGAUGGCUACGGCGUGGUGCUUCCCAGGGCGGCGGCCACUGCCCGGAUCAUGUCCACGCACUCUAAGGAGCUAGCCGUUUUCAGUUCUAGGUGCGCCUGGAGCUGCCGCUGGGGGUGCAGGAGGAGGGAGCAGCAGUCGGAGGAUGUUGAUGACGACCUGCCGUUCGUUUCGAGGAUGAACUGA